GUAUAUAACAUAUACAUAUUGUAUGUAUAUGUAUAUAUAUACAUACAUGUAACUAACGCCCAUAAUUUUGUUUUGUGUAAGUUGAAUCUUUACAUAAUCCAUGCCUUUGUUAUUUGUUGAUUGUAAAAAAUGAGAUGAUAAGAGAGACAGAGAGAUACAGAGAAGUAAGAAAAAGGAAAAAGGAAUGUGUUAUGUAAGUAAAAGGAGGAAAAAUCUAUUUGUGAAUUAUUUGACUUGUCAAAUAUUGUGUGUGUAUGUAUGUGUUUGUGUAUAUACAUUUAUAUAUAUAUAUAUAUACACACACAGAUAUAUACAUAUUAUCAUGUGCGGUAUUCACCUAGUUGUAUAUUUUAAUGCCCAUAUGAAUAUAUAUUAUAUAUUGUAUACAAUGCAUAUGUGCAUACACAUGUAUAUUGGAAACUUAUAGCUAAUUGACUUAUAUAUGUAUAUGUAUGUAUGUAUAUAUAUAUACACACACCCAGUCCAGUCUUCACGAUCCUGCUCAGUUUUACAUAAAUUUUUAAUGUAUUAGAAUUAGGAAAUCAUUUACUAGCGAGUAAAAUUAUGCAUAAAUUUUAUAAAAUCAUGUAUAUCUGUGUUGAAAGGGUUGCCGAAAUUGAUACUUUUGCGCCUUUUUAUUUUUAUCAAAUUGUUUUAAAAUGUGUAACGCGCUUACACUUGAUCGUCAAAUGUAGAAAUUCGUAUAAAAAAAUAAAGAAAAAUUUAAUUUUUGUUAAUAAGAAUGUAAAUCGUCAAUUAUGUUACAAUUUAAUAAAAUGAUAUAUGAUGUAACAUGUGUAAAAGCUACACUGGCUAUCAAAAUUUUAUAGUCAUCAUUAGCACAAUAAUUUUGUGUAAAAUUCUAUAAUAAUUGACGAUUUUACAUAUAAAAAAUAAUACAACAUGAAUUUAAAAUUUCAUGUCAUGGCGCGUCGACAUUUUUGUAGCUUCAAAAAAUUCUAGCCAAUCAGAACGUUCGAUUCAUCAUUCGAUAUAUGCGAUAUUAGCCUUACAUUUAAUGUCUCUUUUCAACAGAGUCCUAUCUAUAAUUCAUUAUUUCAAAGGUUGAUGUUUUUCAAAUCCUUUGGCUACUGCAGAAUCAAAAAUUAUGUCAAGAAAAAACAUAAUAUAUCAUACAUUAAACCGGACGAGCCGAAAUUUUUACGAGAGUUAAAAGAACAAAUCGGAUAUAAAGAAGGUCCCAAUGUCGAUACGAAAAGGGAAAUACUACCAGAAAUCUCUGACGAUGAAAAGGAAGAGUUAGCCGAGGAGAAGCCUGUUGUUGUUGUAUUGAACUCUGGUGAUUUAACAGCGGAAGAAGCAGAUGCCUUCCAAAAACAGAAAGAGAAAGAAGAAAAAAAUGCUCCAGCUGAUCUAUCUAAGAAGAUUAUCUUUCGUAAGACUAAAGCAGCAGAAACUGAGUUGGAUAAAUCGGAUACAGCUGCGACAGAUAAACCUGUGAGGAAGAAAGCAAAAAAGGACAAGCAAAAGAUUGUUUUAUCCUUUGAUGCUAAUGAUGAUGACGAUGAUAUUGGAUAACAUUCGAUAUGAAUUAAAUAUCAUAAAUGUAAGUAAAUUUUUUUGUAAAUAUAGUAAAUUAUUUAAUACAUAUUUUAUACAUUAAGGUUAUAUAUGAGAAACUAAUCAUAAGAGAAAUGAUUACUUUCGAUUUGUGAGAGAAUGAAUUUAUUGUCAAAACUUGGAGAUGUGACUCUCCUUGAAGUUUACAAAGAUGGCACAAAUGUAUAUUACAUCAAGAGCAAAGGCAAUAAGUGAAUUACUAUUUUUUACAAUAAAUAUGCGAUGUGUCUGAAAGUUUAAAAUGAUAUCCUUGACUAAUAAAAUAAGAAAAAUUA